CGCGCUCUUUCGUCGCCUGCGCCAUGUCGACGACAUCAAGCAAUCCAGAUGGCGGCCCUGGAAAUGCUGCAGUCAGUAAUGCGGGUGAAGCCGAAAAGCAGCUGAGCCGUUGUGAGGAGAUGGUGCAGUACAGUUUACAGAGAUGUCCCAAGGUGAAGUUCAUACGAGAAAAGCUGGAAAAGCUGGGGUGCGAGAUGCCGACGGGGAUGUUCACGUGUCGGCCGUGCGAGGGGAUGGACAUCUCCGGCGGUUUCAUCCCGCCCACCAAGGGCGCCGACGGAAAACCCUCGCGCGCGGAGGUGGUGCUGUGCAGUGACAAGGGGGUGAAUCAGACGAUGAUGGACCACACCAUGGCUCACGAGCUCAUCCACGCGUACGACCAGUGCCGGGUGAAGUUGGACCGCACCAACUGCUUGCACGUGGCGUGCACCGAGAUUCGUGCUUCCAACACCAGCGGGGAGUGUUCCUUCGACAUGGAGGUACGACGGGGCCACCUCAAGUGGGGGGGGCAGCAGAAAGAGUGCGUCAAGCGGAGAGCGGAGUUGUCAGUGAAGGCAACGCCCGGGUGCUCGGAUAAGGCAGCGGAGUACGUGAACUCUGCCUUCAAGCCAUGUUAUUACGACACCGAACCAUAUGACAAGAAUCCGUUGUAGCGUACCUCUGAGAUAGCCGUAACCAUGACAAUGAUGCCGAUGCCGGUUGGAGAGCCGAUCGGUAGAUGACGAGGUCGAUGGGUCCCCCACGUUUUCCGUAUGCUGGGUCUGUGGGGCGCGGAGGCGGGGGCGAGGGAGUACGUGCAUAGCGUACGUUGGGCGCGGGAGGUUGCGGGCGUUCAUCGACCAAGUCCUCGUCCGAAGACGUUUCCUUCGCGGCAGAGCUGGACUCGAUCGAGAGACGAUUGUGUUGUGCUCGUCGUACGUUGCAAUGCUUUACCUGUCCACUACGGUAUCGCUGGUGGUUGUAUUUCCACCAACUCAGCAACCGACAGACAUCCUACUUCCCUUGUUGACUUGAAUUCCUUUUUGUAGCCCUUCCUCCUACUACGUCCUUGUUAAUUUUUGCAGUGCUUGGGUUGUGUGAUACCUAUAUCAAUAUUGGAUGGUGUAGCAUAUGUUUUUAAGACGAGAUACCCCGCCGCUUUUCUUCAAGUGUCAAGGGUGCCUCUCCGGCCACUCGGACCGCAAGAGAUGCGCGGUUUGAUUUGGCCCGUGCGGCGCCUUCCUUCCCCCGUGUCUCAUUACGAGAUCUCU